GACGCUGCCCAGGGACUGGUGAGGUCGUUCCCAUGGCGGUGAAUGGCUUAGAGAUUGCAGGCCUCGCAGAGGGUGACUUCUACCUGGUGCGCUUUCAAGUUCCGGGGCCGCCUCUCUGGCACGAACGGCUGUGCGUAUACCUACCUCAGCAGGCCGGUGCGGUCUGCGCUUGCUAUACGCCAGACGGGGACAGCUACGAGGAGGAUCUCGGGGCUGGCUGCGACGCCGCAGAGUGGUGUUUCUUGCCAGGCGGUGCUCAAGGAGGAGCGCCGCCGGCUGGGGCGGGAGGUGCUGGUGCUCGCCUCUACCGCUUCCGCGCCAUCCCGCUGGCCGCGGAGCUGGGGCAGGCGCGUGACCGAGCUGCCCAGCGGGCCGGCGCCGCCGCGCCGGGGCUGCCACUGGCGCCGAACACGGUCGGCCGAGCUGGCGCACCGCCUGCUGGGGUCGGCAUGCCAGGCGUGGCGCCCGCUGCCGCUGGCGCGGCCGCCGUGGCCGGAGGCGCCGCCGCUGCUGGGGUUCCUGGGGCCCUCGCGCCUGUGCCCGAGGGUGCUGGCGUCGGAGGCGGGCUCGGGGCAUUCGCCGCGGUGCUGGGACCUGCUGGUGGCGUCGCGGCGCCGGGUGCUGGCCCUGGUGGCGCCCUGGUGGGGGCCGCCCCUGCGGCGCCGCCCGCUCCGGUCGCCCCCGUGGCGGGCGCCCUGGUGGCCGGCCUGGCGCCUGGCCCAGUGGCGCCGCCCGCGCCGCCGCCAGCUGGAGGUGGAGCUGCCAUGGUCUCCGACCUGAGGGUGCACCCCAUCGUGGUGGACACCAUGGCGAGGCGACAUCGUCCUUUCGCGGAGGCGCUGCCCAUGCUGACGGAGACGCCCUGGGCCGACUGGCCGGUCAGAGGCCCUCGCACGUUGAAGUGGGUCUGUCACUUUCUAGCAGGCAACGGCGGCAGUCCCAUCGCGCGCUACCGCCGGUGGAAGACCGACUGCAGGUUGACAAACGAGGGCGGUGUGGAGGAGCACCUGCGAAUCUGCACCGCCCUCGAGAAUGCCGUUUGCUUCGACCAACUGAAUGUGACCGAGAUGGCCGGCUUCGAGCUUCUCGGCAGGAGCCUGCAGAUCAUCGAGGAGAAGUAUCGUGAGAGGACGGCGGGCGCUGCGGACCCCGUGCGCAUGGAUCAGCACCUGUACCUGGGGACUGAGCUGGUGCGCGGCAACUGCUGCGCGUGCCCGGCCUUGCAGGCAUGGGUCAGCCAGGAACUGGCUCAGGAGCACGCGAUCCUGAAGGAGAGGAGGAAGGCCCGUGAAGAGCGCGCCGCCGCCCAGACUGCCACGAAGGCCAAAGCGAAGGCCAAGGGUGGCAAAGACGGCGGCGGCGAUGAUGAGGACAGGGCCACCCCCGCCGGCCACUUCAGGAGUUCCAAGACGAUCGAUUGGGCGAACAGCUGCAUCGACUCCCUCAACUCAGCCAACGGGUUUGCGAAGUCGGAGCAGCCGUCAUCAGUUGGCAACGCUGGUCAGCGAGCGGCGCUGGCCCACAUCGAGUCACAGUUCUUGCAAUUGGGUGGGCCCCCUGCGGACUCACCCGGCGGCGCGGGAGCCCUCGCCGAGCUCUGCGCCGCUGGCGGCCCGUAUCACGCGGAGCCCUCCAGCACUCGCCCCUGCGCCAAGGGAAACGUCCCCCUGCCCGAUGGCGCUGGCAAGCCCGUGCCGUUGCUGGAUUUGCUCGCCGAGGGCGACCGCAAGUGGCUGGGGUCCUCCUGUGGCGAUCUGCUCAGACUGGAGAGCGAGGCCCUCUCGCUUGUGGCGGAG